AGCGCCACCAGUCGGCGCGUGAGCCUCCAGGUCGAGAAACCGGCGCGGUCCCACGAGCGGCGCUACAGCUCCGUGUCGCCCGUGCCGCACGUGCGCGUGUGGGAGCCCUCGGACCAGGCGCCGGAACAGGCCGCCGACAUGACGGUGUCGCAGCCCCAGGGCCACGCCGGCCACCAGGACCACCAGGCCUCCGCCAUCCUGCUGGCCAAGCGGUGGGGGCCGGAGAGGAUCGUGGCGGUGCGGCGCGAGCACGACUCCAGCCUGGGCAUCAGCAUCGUGGGCGGCAAGGUCGACCUCUACAACGCCGGCCCCGACAGCAGCUCCUCAAUCACCGGCAUCUUCAUCAAGAACGUCCUGGCGCAGAGCCCGGCCGGCAGGACGCAGGAGCUUAAGACGGGCGACCGCAUCCUGGAGGUGGACGGCAUGGACCUCCGGUCCGCCAGCCACGACCGCGCCGUGGAGGUGAUCCGCGCCGCCGGCAACCCCGUCCACUUCCUGGUGCAGUCCCUCAUACAGUGGAGCGGGGCCGCUCCGCUCCCGAGUCAUGCGCCCCACGCCUCCUGCACAGGACCUGCCCGCGGAAGCCUGGCCAGCGUGGGAUCAUCCCAGGGCUCCCUGCGACGCGCCGCCCCACAGCCCCCCGCCAGCGGCGCCGCCGCCAAGCCAGCCGCCAAGCCGGCCGCCGCCUCCUCCAGCGAGGAGGACUCCGACGACGACGAGGACACCCGGGACAUGGAGGGACGCAUCUACACCAAGAAGGGCAAGGAGAUAUCCAGAGCGAGUGCCGGAGCAGUGAAGCGGAGCAAGGACGAGAUCGCCAACGACCCCGAGGAGGAGGACGAGUUCGGCUACACGAUGAACAAGAUCCGGAAGCGGUAUGGGCCCGCGGUGUCGACGGCCGGCCCCGGCGGCUCGGUGGAGCUGGCCGUGCUGGAGCGGGGGCCCUCGGGGCUGGGGCUGUCGCUGGCCGGCCACAAGGACCGCGCGCGCAUGGCCGUCCUCGUCUGCGGCCUCAACCCCAACGGGGCCGCCUUCAAGAACGGCGACAUCAAGGUCGGCGACGAGAUCCUCGAGGUGAACGGCGUGGUGCUGCAGGGCCGAUGCCACUUGAAUGCCUCGGCCAUCAUCAAGGGGCUGCCCGGACCAGUGUUCAAGGUGGUGUUGUUGAGGCGCGACGCGGCCGUGGAGGAGCUGGCGGUGAAGCCGCUGACUCAGUUCCCCGUUUCUCUCGACGACGAGACGCCCGAGGAGCGGUACAAGGACUUCAAGGGACUGCGCACCGUGACCAUCAACAAGGGAGCUCAGGGUCUGGGAAUCAUGAUAAUUGAGGGCAAGCAUGCUGAGGUGGGUCAGGGAAUCUUUAUCUCUGACAUCCAAGAGGGCAGUGCUGCAGAGCAGGCGGGGCUUACUGUAGGAGACAUGAUCCUGGCAGUUAACAAGGAUUCUUUGCUGGGCUCUAAUUAUGAGGCGGCUGCAUCGUUAUUAAAAGAAACAAAAGGAAUGGUUAACUUAGUAGUGUGUAAUCCCAAUAAAGCAAAGGAGGAGGAAAGGAAAGCAGCGGAUGGGAAACUGAAUGCAAAAGGUUCUACAGCUCGUAGUCCUACUCCAACACAACCAGCUGUCCCUGAAAAGCCAAGAUUGGAUUCUCAAAACGUGCCUCUUGCUACUGCUUCGCGAACUGCUCAUCAUUCUCCGUCUCGUCACUCAGAACAACCUGCUCUUCCUCCGGCUACUGCUCCUGUUGUGGCAGGGCAAGAAACAACUAUUGAAAUAGCUAAAGAAGAGAAAGCCCUAGGUCUUUCUAUUGUUGGUGGCUCUGAUACCCCACUGGGAGUUAUUGUGAUCAAUGAAAUCUUCCCCGAUGGUGCUAUAGCCAAAGAUGCCAGACUUAAAGUUGGUGACCAGAUUUUGGAAGUAGGUGGACCUAAAGACACCGUAACGUAUGAUUUCCAUAGCAUCACUCACAGCAAAGCCAUUGCUGCAUUGCGACAGUUACCAGCAAAAGUGAAAAUGAUAGUGUACCGAGAUGAAGCCGUUGAAAAGGGGGAAGAUAUUUUUGAAUCAAUCGAUGUUGAACUAACUAAAAAGUCAGGGAAAGGAUUGGGACUAAGUCUAGUCGCACGCAAGGAUGGUAAAGGUGUCUACAUAGCAGACUUGAUACAUGGAGGUGCAGCUGAAGCUGACGGCCGUCUGAUGAAAGGUGAUCAAAUCAUGUCCGUCAAUGGACAGGAUCUGAAGGCAGCAUCUCAAGAGGAGGCAGCUGCAGUGCUCAAGACUGUUCUUGGCAAGGUUACCAUCAAAUUAGGAAGAUUGAAAACUGGGAAAAUUAACGAUUUGGUCAAGUCAAGUGUUUCCAUGGCUGCCCCAACCGCCCCUGCAGGAAAUAUGCCAGUCCCUGCUACCUUGCUUCCAUCCAUCCCAGACACUCACCUCAUCUCUUUGUCGACUGAGGAACCUGGCGUACUGAUUUCUUCAAAACGAUCCUCUAGCUUUCGUAGGAUUAUGACUCGUUGGUCAUUUCGCAGACGAAAACAAACUUAAUGUAGUUACGCUAAAGGAAGUUCAUCUUUCUUUUUGCAUGUACCUUUUAGGUGUACAAAGAAAGGUUAUAAAGCCUUCAGAGAGAAAUUUUCUGUGAUUUCUACUUAGUUUCUUUUUAUUUAUGAAUCAAUGGAAGAAAUAUCCCUUAAAGUUAAAUAUUUUUAAUAGAGUUUACACAUUAAACUUGUGCAGUUUUGUGAUUUUUUGAACUGAUAGUAGGAUUUUCAGUUGCUUAUGCACACAUUUAUGCUCAAAAUCAAAACCAGUAAAAUGUUUGUUUCAUAGUAUAUAGUAGUUUAGAAGUUUGUUUCUUUAUGAUAAUGACUUUAUAUGAGAGAGCUGGGGCUUCAAUGUAUCUCUGUUGUGUUUUCUUGCCAACAGUGCCAGUCUUGCCUUACCUAUGCAAGGCUGGUCAAUUACGGUAAAUAAUAAAUUUAUUGAGGUGUUUUUGUUGCAUGUCAUGCACACAUGGAUGCUCAUCGUAGUGGAAGCUCGUGUCUGAGUAUCAUAAUAUUGCCACAAUCUUGCCAUCUUAAGUUUUGCCUAGUUUGUUGGCUGUACCUAUCAGUGUACAUUUUUAUUUCUUAUUGUCCAUGAAUGCAUGUAGUAGUGCACUCAGAUGCUCUUUUGGCAUUUUGGAAAUCAGAUAGAUUUUUUUUUGUUUUGUAAGUUUUAUUUGCUGUGCUAUUUAUUUAAUAUUUAUUUAUUCAAGUGUUCAUCUGUGGUAUCUUGUGUAUGUUGUGAUAGGUGUAGCGUAGGACAAUAUAUUUUGUUGAUGUGUAUGAAAUAUUUGUGCCUGUACAAUUGUUGCAUAGGAUGACUGUUGCCUGUUGUAGAGAAUCUUGACUAGUUGGGAGCUUAUCAGAACUGAAAAUAAUUCAAUUGGAGAUUGCAAGUGACAUAGCAUGUGACAAGGGGUGCAUGACUCUAAAUAGAAGGGUUCCAGGGAGAACAGCAGGUCAAAACUAAGCUCAAAUGUAGUCAAUCUGAUGCGAAAGGAUGUAUGUCUCUUGGACGUCAAAAUUAUAUCCUUAGACCUCAUUAUGACCUCAUUUUGGCCCGCUUGUUCUCUUUGGGGUGCAUUAAAAUCACCCCUUCAUUACUUUGUUGAAUGAAGCAGGGAAUCAUGUGCAGCUUUCAUGUUAUCUGGCAAGCUCUUGAGUUAUACUAAUCUAAAAUUCAAAUGUUGCAUUUAUCCUAAGUCUAAUCUUAAUAUUAGAUGCUUCUUUUUACUGCACUUUGGGCCUCAUCAUUGUGGCCUUUGUGUGUCAACAAAGUGUACCAGAUGUAGUUAUUCUAUGUUGAGAGGAAAGAAGGGGCCAAUGCUGUGAUUUCUGCACAUGCCUUAAGGUAGAGAAAUUCUGGUACUGAGGCCUUUCCAAUUUAAAAUCCAUGUCUCGAGGGAAAUAUAGUUUUUUAGUGCUAUAAAGAAUAUGAAGUUUGUUUGUUGUGGGCUAAGUGCUUGUUUUGUUUGUGCUGUGAGUUCAAGUGAAUUUGUGUCAACACACAGUAUGGUUUGAACUCUAACCUUUCACAGAUGUAAUUUAUUUUUCAUAAUGGAAUAGAGAAAUAAUCAAUUGCCAUUACAGUAAAGCAAGUUUUGACCAA